AUGAUUGAUGACAUUCACACUGUUUCGAAACUCAUUGAGAUAUCGCGGGAGUACAAAAUGCCGCUAUGUCUCACCUUUGUUGACUUAAAGAAGACCUUUGGCUCAGUCGAGACACAAGCGGACAUGGAGGCUUUGUAUAACCACGGUGUCCCUACUAAGUACAUAAAGCCGAACCUGCAAAAGACGAUGUUCAUGCGUAACGGAUGGGUUUUUUAUGCUCCAUUCACGCUCAACGGAACGAACAUAUCCGAAUGCAUCAGCUACGUUUAUCUGGGUCGGAGAAAUAAACAUGAAGAACGACCUGACUCCCGAACUGGGCAGGAAAACCUGGACAUCUCGCAAGCAGAAAGAAAGUGUUCUGAACGGUUAUUCAAAAUAGCGAUGCUCGCCAUAGGAGUAUCUCGCUCUACGCAAGUGAGGGACGAGAUUCGAAGUUCUGUCCUACGUCAGUGA